AUGGUGUCAGACAAGACCAUGACGAUCCGCCUCCACCUGCGUGAGUCGGUGGAUGUAUUGGACGUGGCCAAAGAGCUUCGUGCCGCUCGAGAGCAGGACGAGAAGCCCCGGCAUGUCGAGAUCAUUCAUUGUGGUCACUCUCCCGACAUGGACGACGACCUCAAGAAGCUUGCAGAGAAUGGUGUCGAGGAAGUCGACUUCUACGUUGCCGAUCAAGUCCUAUGCAACGGCGUCGAUGUUGCCGAGGACGAAGAUCUGGAAGUCGUACUCGAACGCUUCGCUCAGGAUGGUGCCGCGCCCGAGCAUCGUUCCGGGUCUCCCGCUGCAGACGUCCCGACGGAAAUCAUGAUGACAAUCAAUUACCGCCUGCAGAAGGAACUCCACGUUCACCGGAAAUGCCAGGGGGUCGAAACGGCCGACGUCGGCGGCGAGGCUGACCUUCCCAAAGGUGACAACGUCGUCGUUGUUCACGGGCUCAAAUACCCUAAGAUGUCUUUCGCCCUGCUCGGAGAGAUGAUGAGAGGCCAGAAAGAGAUCGACCUCAUCUUUGCCGAGAAGGUCCUCUGGGAUGGCGUCGUCGUCCCUGCGGGAGGAAACAUGAAGGAGUUGUUCGAUCGCGGUCAGGCCUUGAUGCGAGAGGAACGCGUGCGACGUGACGCCGCCAAGAACUAG